UCCUCAGCUCGUGCUAGCUAGUGCCAGUCACUGAUAUGGUGCCAGUGCGGUGCAGUACGUAGAUAGGUUGAUUGAAUUCGGACGUGUUAAAUCCAGGAUGGAUUUCUGUCUAUUUUGCCUGUCUUUCCUUUUAUUUUUUAACUUCCCCACAUUACAUGCUUUGCCACCAAAUAUCGUGUUGAUACUGGCUGACGACUAUGGAUUCCAUGAUAUAGGUUAUCACAAUAACGGCUUCAUAAAAACACCGAAUUUGGACGGCCUCGCCAGCGCCGGAGUGAAGCUCGAGAAUUACUACGUGCAACCGAUCUGUACUCCGACGAGAAGUCAACUUAUGAGCGGCAAAUAUCAGAUACAUACUGGUCUUCAACAUGGCAUUAUCAGGCCUGCUCAGCCAAACUGUCUCCCACUCAACGAUCCUACAUUGGCGGACAAACUGAGCGAUGCAGGAUAUGAGACUCACGUCAUUGGGAAAUGGCACCUCGGUUUUUACAAGAGACCAUGCUGGCCGACUAAUCGAGGAUUCAAAUCAUUCUUUGGUUACUUGAAUGGAGGUGAAGAUUAUUACACACACAACCUUGCAUUACAAUUUAUCUCCCAACGCUGGCACGGCCUUGACUUCCGUGACAACCUCGAACCUGCAGCAAACUACAGUGGUAUCUACUCGACUCAUGUCUUUGCACAACGUGCCCAGCAGGUCAUAGAGCAGCAUGACCAACAGAAGCCCCUGUUCUUGUACCUGCCGUUCCAAGCUGUCCAUUCUCCUUUGGAAGUCCCAGAGAAAUACAUAGAGCCAUAUAAAUCCAUCGUAGACAAGAAUCGUAGGAUCUACGCUGGUAUGACUACGUGCCUGGACGAAGCUGUUGGAAACAUCACUGGAAGUCUGAAGAAAACAGGCCUCUGGAAUAACACUGUUCUCAUCUUCUCAACUGAUAAUGGUGGUCAGGUUAUUGCAGGGGGAAACAACUGGCCCCUCCGAGGCUGGAAGGGAUCACUCUGGGAAGGAGGAAUACACGGUGUAGGCUUUGUAUCCAGCCCCUUACUGCCUGACGACGUCCAGGGCACUAUCAACAGAGAACUCAUUCAUGUUAGUGACUGGUACCCAACUCUAGUUGAGGGAAUCGCUGGCUGGACCCUGAAAGGAACCAAGCUAGAUGGAUACAAUGUCUGGCAAACCAUCAGCCAGGGGAUUUCUUCACCAAGAACAGAGCUCCUUCAUAACAUCGAUCCACUUGGAGCACCACUGCAACCCAAACCACCUCUCACCCUGGAACCCCCUAUCCCCAGUUGUAACUUCACAUUUCCUUCCAAGUUCAAUGUUUCUACGAGAGCAGCCAUACGAUACAAGGACUGGAAGUUAAUCACUGGCAACCCAGGGCUAGGGUACUGGAUUCCGCCUCCCGAAUCUGGACUGCAACCUGUGAUACCUGUCGUACCAGAAGGGAAAUGCGUGUGGCUAUUCAACAUCAAGGACGACCCUUACGAGGUGUACGACCUCUCUGACGAGCAAGGGAACGUGGUGAAGGACCUUCUAGACAAACUUUAUGAAUACCAGCAAGGUGCGGUCCCUGUGCACUACCCGGAUCAAGACCCACGGGCAAACCCAGCUCUUCACAACAACGUAUGGGAUAGCUGGGAAUAGAAUGGCACUAUGAUGACACAAGUGAACCAAAUCUGGGUUAGUACUGUAGACAUGCUGAGGCUGUGUGGCAUUUUAUUUUCAAAGCGUGCACAAAAAUGGAAAGGAGAAAGGAGGCAUGAUUAAAUAUUGGAAUGCAUGAGUUAAAAUGAAACAAAAAUGCAUAGAAAAUGCGUGAUUGAUAGUCAGAAGAUUAGCUUAUGUAUUCCACUUUAGAAUGUCUGAAACCAAUCAACUUUUCAAUAUAUUGAUAUAUUCAAGGUAUUGAUAUUUUCAUAAUAUGCUCAUUGCCCUUUAUUCGGGCAAAGCAGACUGGCUGUCUUAAGAUUAUUGUAAACAUGGCAUUAGUUGAGCCUCUGCUUUAGGAACUUCUCUAAAUUAGUCGGAAAAAGCUGAAAGCAGUAUUGUGUUCGUUAUGAAUAUUUUUGUAUUGUCCCUAGUUAGCAGUCUGUUUGGGCCAAAUUUAUUAUAUGUAGGGAAUAUGCUGAUGAUUGACAUAUGGUAGGUUAGUCAUCAUGAUAUUACAUUGGUGUCAGGGUUAUGAUAGACGUACUUUGUUUUGUGAAACAGAGGUUGCUUUUGUACGUUACUUCUUUUCAGGGUAGAAUAGUUAACGAUGUUCAUUUUUUGUAGUGCACGUGCAGUAGUUCUUUUCCGCUAGGAUGCGAAAGUUAUUGUAUGUUUGUUUUUACCAGCGCCAUUUUGAGGCUGUGAUGGAUGCUCCCCAGGGAGUGGAAAUUGUGCUCUUUGUGCGGAAUCGAAACAAAUCCAAUGACCGGGGUGUAGGCUUAUAUGCUGUAAAGCCCUUUGAGCCAUUUUGGUAAAAGCGCUGUACAAAAACUAGCCAUUAUUAUUAUCAAGAGAUAAGUCUGAUUUCAGAUCGGCUUAGAUAGAUAUCUUGCUGAAGCUCUGUCUCAAACCGUUUACAUUUCUGUUCUUCAUCUGUCCAACUCAUUGUAGAUAGAUAUGCCACAUACAUCAGAAAUUCACCAUUCCAUCUUCCACAAAAUUACAAUAACAAAAACUUCAUCGAAGAUCAACUUUAUCAGUUGGGAAUAGAAAUUAUUAGGGAUGUGAUUUAUCAUCCAGAAAAUAUUCUUUUCAUAAUGUUGCUUGUAACUUCAUGAACAGCUUCAUGCUAAAACCAAUGGAGCUACAACAAGACUCCAUAAAAUAGAAUGCUGCCUUUUCUACCUCAACCAAACACACUAAAUUUUCAUCACCAAUUAAUGUUUCAGUUACGUUCAGACUUAUUUAGAUGACUUUUUGAUCAUCAUUUAUGAUUUCUUAAGAGUAAUUUUACAGGCUCUUUGUCAAAUUUGCAUCGGAACAACAGGAAUCCCACAGGGAUAUGUUGUGUAGCCCAUGCGGUUUUAGUAACUUGACUGAUAACAAUGACAGUGUAGAUGAUUAGCAAUGAAUUUGAAAUAUAAUUUGACUAUUGUGCCUAACAUAUUUCUGUAGUAUCAUUUUUUAAAUGAUAUUCCAGUUCACCUUUUUUAGGGUAUGCUUAUUUGCUUAUCCUUUUGUACUUUGUACUAUUUUUUAGAAGUACUAUUUUGUGUGUCCAUGUUUCCAUGUUGAUAACUGUCAAAAUAAGAACAAAACCUUGUUGAUAUAAAUCAAAAGUAUAUUUCUGUCUUUCAUGUACAUGUACAUAAAAUUUGUAUAUUGUGCAUAUCUCUAUAUUUUAUAUAUACAUAUAUAUUCCAGAAAUGGUGAACAUUGGCGGGGGGGGGCUAGCAUCAAAUAGCAAUAUCACUAUUUUUAGCAACAUUAACAAAGUGCUCACUCGUACACAUAUGUGCAUCAAUAGCUUUGUUCAGACUCUGAAAUAAUGACGAUGCAUUGCAUAUGAUAUGCAAUAAUAAGCUAUUUUCAGUUGUCAUUCUUUAUCAUGUACUUUCACUUAAUGCCUCUCUGUGGCUGGGAAAUUUGAAUAAUGUGAAUUAUAAUAUUACAUGUAGUUCAACAUUCUAAUUUUA